AAAACAAACAAACAAACAAACGGAGCGCUGUUCACUGGUAAAGGCUGGCGGAGUCACGCAAGGAAUGGGACUAGUGACGUUCACGAAGACAGCUGACCUCCAUUUCUCAAUUAAACUCGUGUCGUAGCUGAUGCCGAGCGGUUUAUCGUCAUGCCCUUCCACUUGGGAAAGGUUAUACGUAUGUGUUAUCUUAUUGCUACCAAAUCUUUCGUUUAUUAAAUGCUUGCACGCGCUAUACCAUUAUUCCAGACGCUCAGAAGUUACGUGAUCUAGAUUUUUUUUAAAAAUUUAAAGACUUGCUCCUGUACAGCAGCUGAAAUGUGUGAGACACCGAGGACGCGUUACGCCGACUGUAACGGAUCGGAGACGAGCGAGGACAGAGAGAUCUUGGUAAACAUAGGUGGUGUCAAACAAGUUCUCUAUGUUGAUGUGUUGAACCGCUACCCCCAGACGCGCUUGGCUGAGCUGGCCAACUGUUCUGUGGAUAAUGCGAAUGACCUGUUGGAACUUUGCGACGACUAUGAUGUGCGGAAAGGUGAAUUUUACUUCGACAGAGACCCGGACUCUUUCAAAUGCAUCACAGAGUUAUAUUACUAUGGGGAAGUCCACAUGAAAAAGGGAAUAUGCCCUAUGUGUUUUAAGAAAGAAAUGGACUUCUGGGGAGUUGAUGUGCACUUCCUUGAUGAAUGCUGUAAAGGCAGUCUGAAUGAAGUGGAGGAAGAGCUGGCACAAAUAGCUGAGAAGGUGCAUGAGAUUCUGUACAAUGUCGAGGGAACUACACCAGCCAGUGUGAGCAAGCGCUGCCGGCUGUUCCUGUGGAAGCUCAUGGAAAAGCCUGAAUCCUCCUUGUUAGCACGUGCGAUGGCCAUCCUGUCCUUCCUCUUCAUCCUCCUCUCCUCCGUGGUCAUGUGUAUGAGCACCAUUCCUGAGCUGCGUGUUCACGACGCAGGGGGCAACGAGGUGGAGAAUCCGACCCUGGAGUCCAUUGAGACGGCGUGCAUCAUCUGGUUCACUAUCGAGUACGUGCUGCGCCUGGCCUCGGCACCCAACAAGGUGCGCUUUGCCUUCUCCUUCAUGAACAUGGUGGACUUCCUCGCCAUCAUGCCCUUCUAUGCUGUGCUUGCGCUGACGCACCUUGGCACGGCCGUGACAGAGCUGGCCAGUGUGCAGCAGGCUGUGCAGGCGCUACGGGUCAUGCGCACAGCGCGCAUAUUCAAGCUAGCACGCCACUCCUCGGGCCUGCAAACGCUGACGUAUGCACUGAAGAGCAGCCUGAAGGAGCUGGGUCUCCUGCUCAUGUACAUGGGCAUGGGCAUCUUCCUGUUCUCGGCGCUGGGCUACGCCGUAGAGCAGAGCCACCCAGACACCUUGUUCACCAGCAUCCCACAGUCUUUCUGGUGGGCAAUCAUCACCAUGACCACAGUGGGCUACGGCGACGUCUACCCCAGGACCACCCUGGGUAGGUGCAACGCUGCGGUCAGCUUCCUGUGCGGCGUCAUAGCCAUCGCACUGCCCAUCCACCCCAUCAUCAACAAUUUUGUCAUCUUCUACAGUAAGCAGCGUGUGCUCGAGACCGCCGCCAAACAUGAGAUAGAACUGAUGGCGCUGCGUUCAAAGGAAGAUGGGCGUGAAGAGCAACAGGGGCCAGGCCGCCGAUGAGCCGUGCCGACACAGUGUGGGGCGGCACCGCUCAGGAGUCACAGAGCGAUACCUACAUUCCACUGCUCCGGGACAGGAGCGAAGGCACGCCCAUUCAAAAAUUAAACCAUAACUAAGAUAGAAGAAUAUACCAGAGCAUUUAAUGAUGGCAUGGAAUUAUAUUAUUGUUAAUAUAGUAUUUUAUUUAUGGCUCAUCAUUCUCCACCUGUAUUUCGACCACCAAGUAUUCUAGGCAAGUGAAACAUUUUUAUUUACAUUAUUUUAAUUAUAGCUAUAGCUACAGCAUUUGUUUGAAAAUUUGACAAUAAUAUGAUGUCAGUCAUAUUAAUAAAUAUUUAAAUAUGGCAUACCUUGAUAAAGUAAUAAAUUAAUCCAUGAAAAGCACCGUGUCAAGCAUACCUUUAAGCCCCAAACAUUUACACAACCACAAAAUUUCACAUAAUUUCAGUAAAGACAACACGUUGUCUACUUGGCCAAGCUUUGACUUAUUACACAGUGCACAAGACAAUUCUGUAGAUAUCUGAUUGCUUUCUGGCAGUGUUUAAAUACUACGGUGUAAUAUUGGUCCAUUUGUUUGUCAUGUCUUUUUUUGUACUUAUAAGCUCUUUCAUAACAACCACACCUGUCAAAUAGAGUAAUACACAGUUAUUUCUAUUUCACUAAAUUGCCCAUUACUUGUAAUUGGUGUUUGUAUAUGUUUUGUGGUCUAUGUUCUAUAUAAUUUGGUACCAUUGACUCCCUAGGGUAGAAGUCAUUUAUUGGCUAUUUAACCUUUUGACCUGUUGCUAAUUCAUGAGUUCAUUUGUUCUAAGGCAGAAGAACCACUGAUGUGCUGAAGGUCCAGAGUCUAGUACAUUUAGGAGAUUUUCCUGCUCAAAGCCACCUGGUUCAGCUUAGCAGUUCUGUACCAGGCUAAGUAGUUGAGCAGUGAAAUCACCAAAACUGUGCUGGACUCCAUGCUGGAUUCUGUGCUGGACUGAACAGCACAGAACAGGAACUGUGCAACCCCACUCUAAAGCAAUUCCCAAAUUAAACCCAGCAGAUAUUAAAUGCAGUAAUGAUGUAAAUGUUGAAGUCUGUCAAACUCGAGUUGAAAUAUUGCUGUUCACUGUAAUAAACAGUUUAUCUCGCUUUA